UAGAAGUGCCUAUGGCAAGUCUUCUCCCCCCAGAUUCCCCCUACAAAGGGACGAUGCAAAGGUAGAGGCACCUUGCUUCUCAGCGUCUGAACUUGUAAGGUGCUGCAGCUGCCCACUGAGGCCACCAGUUCCCCAGCCAGAAGACCGGCCGGCCGCUCUCCAUGGUACUGCGGAGAGCUCAGCUCCGCCCUUCUCUUUCAGAAGGACAGCACCCGGCGUCACGUAACCCAGCCUUCUCGGGUUUCACCACCGCCUCUUCCUUCCCCCUUUCCCUCUCAUCCUCCUCCUGCUCCCCCUGCUGCUCCCCUCCGUUGCAUGUUCUUCCCCUCCGCACUCUUGGAGAUAGACGCUCAAGCCUGACGCCUCGGAAAAAGGCAACAACAAUCGCCUUAUUCUUAAACCUCAGGAAAUUCGCAUUGACCGAUGCAUGCUUCAGGCUCUGGCUGGAGCUAAGGGAAUAACCAGGCAGAUUUUUUGGGUUCUUAUAAAAAGACAAAAUAAAAUAAAAAUGCAUCGCCAAUAUACAACCAAUUGACAUGCUGGCACCUUAGUGUGGCCUUGCAGAGGUGGAGAAAAUCGAAGAGCUGUUGGGAUUUGACUUCACCAUCUAGCAGUUUCUGGCUGUUUCACAACAGGGUUUGAGUCCUACUGGCAGGGUUGGUAAACAUAAGGUGAAAUCAUCCCGGAGACGCACGCACAAGAAAUUUGCCCUUGGCUUCGGUGGUGCUGGAAGCCCAUGAUAUGGCAGAAGAAGCAGGCAUCUGAUGCUUUUCUGGUAUUACUAGUGUCCUUUCUCAGUUUGUGCUUGGGGCCAACAUCUGGAAGGCCCUCAAGGUUCUCCAAAAUCCAAAGAUACUGGCGCAUUGUUGGCUUCCUGCCACUUCCUGAGAAGAGUGCGUGUUGCCUCUUCACUCUGCUUCCCUUUCGCUGGCACCACACCGGUGGUACAUUGCAGGUGUUGAUAUUGAAAGAGUGACGUGUUUUUGAAGCAACAGUUUUCCUUACUUUACAUCACUGGAUGCAAAUGGAUCUGUGAUUUUUCCUGAGCCUCGGUGACAAUCUUUUGCAGAGCGUUGCCUCCAAAGUGUCUCCUCCCUUUGGCCUGGAAGUUCUGUGGCUAGCCUGUACCACUGGGGUUUCUGAUUUCCUGUUGGAAGGGGACUACUGGGAGAGAGGAAGGGGCUGCUGGAAGAGAAGAAGAAGAAAAAAAGACCUAGAGGAGGGUGAGCCCCUCCUGUUUCCACCUGCCCCCUCCCCCCCACUCCUCUGCAGACCCCCAUUUCUCCGUGACGGUGUCCAGGACCGUUUCGACCCUGUCGCCCCCUGCUCCCCCCCGCCGUACCCCAGCCCCGAGCAUGGGGUCGGCGCUGGUUCAGCGCGGGGGCUGCUUUCUUCUAUGCCUGUCGCUGCUGCUGCUGGGCUGCUGGGCAGAAUUGGGCAGCGGGUUGGAGUUCCCGGGUGCCGAGGGCCAGUGGACACGCUUCCCCAAGUGGAACGCCUGCUGUGAGAGCGAGAUGAGCUUCCAGCUGAAGACACGCAGCGCCCGGGGCCUCGUGCUCUACUUCGACGACGAGGGCUUCUGCGACUUCCUGGAGCUCAUCCUGACUCGGGGUGGCCGCCUGCAGCUCAGCUUCUCCAUCUUCUGCGCCGAGCCUGCCACGCUGCUGGCGGACACACCAGUCAACGACGGCGUGUGGCACAAUGUGCGCAUCCGUCGCCAGUUCCGCAACACCACGCUCUACAUCGACCAGGCCGAGGCCAAGUGGGUGGAGGUCAAGUCCAAGCGCAGGGACAUGACGGUGUUCAGCGGGCUCUUCGUGGGCGGCCUGCCCCCGGAACUGCGAGCUGCAGCGCUCAAGCUCACCCUGGCCUCGGUGAGGGAACGCGAGCCCUUCAAGGGCUGGAUCCGUGAUGUCCGGGUCAACUCAUCGCAGGCGCUGCCUGUGGACAGCGGCGAGGUCAAGCUGGACGACGAGCCGCCCAACAGCGGCGGGGGAAGCCCGUGCGAGGCGGGCGACGAGGGCGAAGGUGGCGUGUGCCUCAAUGGAGGCGUGUGCUCCGUGAUCGACGACCAGGCCGUGUGCGACUGCUCGAGGACAGGCUUCCGAGGCAAAGACUGCAGCCAAGAAGACAACAAUGUGGAAGGUCUGGCACACCUGAUGAUGGGCGACCAAGGUAAAAGUAAAGAGUGAACUAAGAAUCUUUGAAAUGGACCUCUGGAAACUUACCUAUUUCUGUGUCUGUAUCUAGAAGCAAAAUUGAAUUCAAGAAUGUCGGUCAUCAUUAAUGCUUUGAUUUCUUUUGUGAGAAUUUUUUUUUUACUAAAUUCCAAGUACCCAGUUAGAGAUGAAUACAUUUCAUUUAAAGAAAAUAAGUAAAGAUAGAAGUGAAAAAGAGAGACAUUUGAAAAAAACCUCUUCAUCCUCCUGAUUUCUUCCACCAGAAGGUAACACUGGAGUCCCUUUCUGAUGGACCCUUCCCAAGUGGAUGUGGACCCUGAUCUCUCCCAGCUCAUUCAGGGUUUGGAAUCUGCAAAAUAUUUCACCAUUUCGGUAUGACAAAAAUGGCUAGGGGUUCAUGUUGUAUGGUAGCAGAAUCAUGAAGAAUGAAAUGAAUGUUUUCUCUUCAUGGUACAUCAUACUUAGGUCUGUCAGCUGGCUAUUCUGCUUCAAACUUGAGAGUCAAUAAUUUAAAUUUGUUUUAUGAUUUAAAAUGGAAAUGUUUCCCCUUUAAUUAAAUAUAAUUAAGAAUAAUCUCCAUUUUAAUGGAUUAUAGCUUUCUUUUGGAGAGCUCAUGCAGUGCCCAUGGAAAAUAUAACUGCUGCUGGCUAUAUGAUUCCAAAUAGUCUUUAGGGUAUUGCUUGUUAUUGAUUUUACAUUUAUUUCACUUGAAAGUUGUCAUUGGCAUUAUUUUUGGGAUCAAUAGUUAUGGUGAUUUAUUUUAUUUUUACUUAGAACCUAAAUUUAACAAUUUCCCUAGAAAUUUGGUGUUUUCCUCACCCCUGUCUAUGUAUGUAUGUGUAUGCACGAGUGCACUUGUAGGUGCAAAUGUAUGAGUGUCCUUGUCUUUGUAACUGUUCAGGUCAUUCCAACAAUUGUUUAUUUUUAAAUUUACUUAUUUGGUUUUACUAUAAUAGGUUUUCUGAAAGAAUGAAUGACUCUUAAAUCAAGAAAAAUAGCCAUAUGUUAUACAUGCAAAUCCAGCCAUAAUUGCUGGUCACUAACUGAGGGUAAGAGGCUAAUUAUAUCAGCUACAUAUUGAUGCUUUGAGGAAAGGCUUGUAUUUUCCUUCACAGCAUAGGAUUCUAAUUGUGCAUUUAUAUGUUUUGUUUUAUUUUAUGUCACCUUUUCCUAGUAGAGUGGAAGCUCCAUGAGGGCAGGCAGUUCAUGUUUCUGGUUGACCAUUAGCUAUUUCCAGGACAUUUCUUUUCUUACUGGCUCUUGAAUUUGCCAUUUUAAUGAUACCAGUGUAUACAAUGUGCCACUAUGGACGGGAAGGGAAUGGGUCAAAGUAUAAAAAGGAAGGGGUAAGAAGGAUGAGAAAUGUUGUUAGGUAUUCAGAAGAAACUAGCAGAAGAUUAUACAGGAUGUGUUUAUUUCUUCCUCUAAACUUCCUUUUGUCUUUUAAAUUUCAUCCCAAAGCUGUUGUUUGUCUAUCUAGCAAUAAACUUCAUUCUGAUAUCACGAUAUCACUUCCAUUUGCCUUAGCAUACCAAAGAGUGGAUCGCUAAAGAAAUGUAAAGUCAAGGUAUUAUUGUCUUUAAUUCUCAUGGUCUUUGCACAUAGAAGAAGAAUUACAGCCAACAAAUGGGUUCUGGGAAAAGGAAAAUUCAUUUUCUGCAGGGAUGAAUCCCCUGAUGGAUUUUUAAUGUCAUUUGUCGCCACAAGGAAAAAUAACCAAAUCUAUAGGUCAUGUGAUGUCUCUUUGAUUUCAUCUCUUUUUUUUUCUAAUUUUCUUAACUCUAGUAUACCACAGAAUAUUCAGCUGUUAGAAAAUUCCAAAUUGAAGUCUUGUAUUAUGAUAUGUCUAUUUUGUGUCUUAUAUAAAUAUAAAUCCUAUACCAUGUGUGUGAAAUAAUUCUUCUCUCGAAUCUAUCAAAUGAACAUUUAUUAUUUAUUCGUGAUCCAAGGUGUUUAGAGAAGGUCAAAGUUUUAUAAGCCGAACUCCGAAAUGUGUUUUCAUGUAUUCAAAAAUGUAUUACCUCUGUGGUAUUACUGAUAUUUAAGAUUCAAAUCAGAAUCAAUCCUAAGAAAAAUCAAAAUAAUUUUUCUCACAGUAAAUAGCCAGAUUCCUUAAUAAUUAAUUGAUAACAGCCCCCAAUCUUGUAGUAUUUAAAAACAUUUAUGUCCUUUCAUAUUAUUCUAUUAAACCCACUCAUAAAAUAAAUUUGAUAUUUGUAUAAGAGCUAAACUUCCUUGUGGUAUUUAUUUUCUUUCAUUUCUGUAAUAGUCCAGUCAGGCUGCUGUAACAAAAUGGUAUGGAUUAGGUUUGGUUCUAAACAGCAAUUCACAGCUUCAGAGCCUGGGAAGGCAAAUGUCAAGGUGUGCGUUCAUUUGUUGUGUAGAGAGGGCUGGCCCACUAGCUAUAGAAUAUCUUCUUUCUGUGUCCCUAAGUGCUGAAAGGUGGCAAUGGAGUCUCUGGAAUCUUGUAUUAAAUAAAACCCACAUUCCUAGAGGAUCCUCCUUGAAGCACAAUAAUUUCUCUAAAUCUUUGCUGCGUGCAUAUGACUACUGGGGAGACAGUGACAUUCAAAACUGGUGUUCUCCGUAGCUUUCCUUGCUGUAGCUCAGCUCUUCUUUAGCUACAGAGCACCUUUGGGCCAAACUUGGAUUGGCUCACCAGCCUUUGAUGUGCAAAUCCUUUUAGAAAUUCUAUGUGUACUUCACUGUACUUUCAGAUUUCCAAAUCAAUUAUAAAAAUGAUCUUAUUUACUUUGUAUGGAUCUUUAAGUCACAUUUUUCUAAUUUAGCUCCCUAAUACUAAGUUAUCCUCAUUGCUCAGAAGAGUGUAAAUUGUAAUAUGUUCUAUUGAAAUCGUGGGUUUUUUUUAAUAUGCGCCAGCUAAGGCGUAGUUUGUCUUCAGCUGUCUGUCACUAUGACCUGUGCCACUGCAAUUUGGAUCUUUCUUACAUCCACAGAACUGGGAAACAGCAGAACUUUAAGCAUCUACUCGGUCCAGAUGGCCAACAGAAGAGCUCAGUGUUGCCUCUCAGUUUAUCUUUACGUCUGUCUGCUCAGUCUUCAAUUAACACAAGUCACUUUGAGAACAUGUGUUUGUUUGACAUUUCUAUGAUUUAAUUUAUAUCUCUUUGUGUUUAUAAAUAGUAAAGUUGCAACUGUUUUCUGAAACUGUAGUUUUGGGUUGGUAAAUUCCCGAUGUCUUCAUAAACUCUCUUCAUAACCUUGUAUUUAAAAUACUGGUUAACUAAAUAAGAAUGAUACUAGAUUUGUAGAAAAUUAACCUCUCUUCUUGGAACAUAGAAGAAACUUUCCAUGUUAUUUGUGUGUGUGUGGGGGGAGUUAUACAACUAGAAACUUUCAUGCCUGCCUAAAAAAUGCUGCAAAUCACAUUUAAUUUUGUUG